AUGGAUAAAUUUCUCAAAAGAUCGCAGCCCUCCACGUCUGGUACAAGUGGCAGUGACGGAAGUGAAUCAAAACCGAAAAAAAACAGACAUUACUACGACAAUUAUUUGAAAUACGGAUUUACUGUCAUGAAUAAUAAACCUCAAUGUGUAAUUUGCGGCGAUGUAUUAUCACGUGAGAGUAUGAAACCAUCAAAACUUAUGCGUCACCUUUCAACCAAACAUCCCAAAGAAGCUGAUAAACCGCUGGAUUUCUUUGAAUGUAAGCUGAAAACCCUUAACCUGCAGCAAAAUACUAUGAUUCAGGUAUCCAGUGUCAACGAAAACGCAUUAUUAGCUAGUUACAGAGUUGCAUACCGAGUUGCUAAAGCAGGGAAGCCGCAUACAGAUGCCGAAAAUCUUAUUUUGCCAGCAGCCCUAGAUAUGGUUGAAAUUAUGUUAGGUAGGCAGGAGGCAAGCAAGCUAAAAAGCAUACCACUUUCUGACAAUACUAUUGAACGCAGAAUAAACGAUAUGGCCAGUGACAUUCGAGAACAAGUAGUCGAGAAAUUAAAGAAGAGCCCACAUUUUGCUUUGCAGUUUGACGAAUCUACUGAUGUUUCAGAUUGUGCACAGUUUGUAGUAUUUGUGCGCUUUGAAGCAGAUGAAAGUAUCACAGAAGACAUUUUAUUUUGCAAAGCACUUUCUUCAAACACCACAGGUCAGUGUUUGUACGACAUAUUUUUAGAAAGCACUCGCAACUACAAGAUUGAUUGGACAAAAUGUAUUGCCAUUUGUAGCGAUGGCGCUAAAGCUAUGACUGGACAAAAAAGCGGACUCGUUGCAAAAUUAAAAUCAAUAAUGCCUAAUGUCUCAUGGACACACUGCUUUCUUCAUCGACAUGCUCUGGUAGCCAAGGUUUUACCUUCUGAUUUAAAUGAAGUGCUUAAAGAGGUGAUCAAAAUUGUGAAUUCUAUUAAAGGUAAAGCCUUGCAAACCCGACUGUUCAGAAUCAUUUGUGAAGACAUGGGUUCGCUUCAUCAAAAUCUCCUUUAUCAUACAGAGGUCAGGUAGCUAUCCAAAGGAAAGGUAUUGACAAGAGUUUUAGAACUGAAAGCUGAAUUGUUAAUGUUUUUACAAGGUGCUAAAUCUGAAUAUGCGAAUUAUUUAUGUGACCCUGUUUGGCUCCUAAAAUUAGCAUUUCUUGCUGAUCUUUUUAGCCACCUGAAU